AUGCGCGCCCAUACCACGUCCCCCAACCCCCGCCGGGCGAGCGUUGCACCACGCAGCCCCAUCCGAACCACCAAGUCCGACCAGCCCUCCACGUCCCCAACCUACACCUUCGCGGACACCCCUCACCCUAAAGCGCACUCUCCCACCCCAGUCCCUGCCACCACCAUCCCCAUCCUAUCCCCGAAGCCCGCCCAAGCCGAAGUCCCCGCCGCGGAGAAGCAGAAGCGCGAGCCCGGGCUCGCACCCCUCACCAACCCGACGCCUGAGCAAGUGUCCGCCGCAGAGAAGAUCCAAGAAGCGUACCGCGCACACGCCGCGCGCACACACGCGCUCAAGUCCAUCUCGACCCUCCGCACACGCUUCCUCGCCGCCAAGGCCGCGUUCGCGCUGCCGACGACGCUCGACUACGAGACCCCCGUGCGUGCUGCGGACGGCACCGAGACGCGCGCGCAUGUAACCGUCACCGUCGACCCCGUCGUCGCCCUUCCGUCGCCUGCCCUUUCCACGACCGACGAGGACCCAUUCGCACACGUGCCGAAGCUCGCGUACACCCCGACGAACGCGCCGCUGCACGCGUACGAGGAGGAGUUGAGCCGCAUCCUCAGCGCGCUCGACGCGGUCGAGAGCCGCGGCGAUGCGGGCGUGCGCGCGGCGCGGCGCGAGCUGGCGCGGAUGGUCGAGCGGGAGGCGGAGCGCGUCGAGCGCUGGCGC